CAAAUUGCAGAUAAUUGAAUGAACAAACAAGCACUCUCUAGUCUCCACAAGCUUACUGAGGUUUACGGUCUUUUCACCUGAAUAUUUGAAAGCCACCACCAAUAACUCAACGAAAAUCAAUCAUGUCUUUGACGAAACUCGCGAAAUCGUUCACUUCCUUUAGGGUUUUCAGGAAGCUGGAACAAGAUGUGGAGACUGUAAUUAGGGUACUCCAACCUGGACCAGUAGGAAUUGUGGAGCACAAAUUUACUGAUGAAGAGAUACGUGAGGCAAAUUCUAUGGUUAGAAAUGCAGUAGAAUAUUGGCGAAGGAGAGCAAUGCUGGAGAAAGAUGGAAUCCUGAAAGAUUAUAUAGAUGUAUGAUGUAAUUAAUGCAUUUUUAUAUGAUUAGGUGACAUUGAUAUUAAGUUUAUCACUUGCAGUUUACUGUUGAAUAAUAUAUGAAAGUCUUGUUCAGUUCAGGCUUUUCUUAGUUUAAGGGAUGUAGUUCUCAGAGCUGUAGCCUGUACCAAUUGGAUUCAAAAAUUCUCAACAACCUGUAAUACUGAAUGGAUUAGUUCACAGCCUUAUGAUCUAAGACAUUAGUGCCUUUUGCUUAUCUAAUCAAGAGCUGCAUUUUUGAGCAA